UUUUGCGGCAAAAUUAGUUACAGUAAUAACAAACUCUGGUUGAUUGCGGUGCUGUGUUACGAUCGCUCGUAUAUAGUCAUUGACUAUACAGAUGCCGUGCAUUUGGACCAAUUCAAAAGCUCAGGUAGUCUUACUGGCGGUUUGGCCGUUCAGUUUAUACAAGGAUUGAGCGCAGGUCUGUUUCAUAUGCACAACAACGGCAUAAUCAAAGGUGACAUCAAUGAUGAGGGCGUACUUAUAUGCACGGGUGAGGGGCCCGACGGGUAUGCGGACAAGUGGGCCGACUUUGGCGCGAGUAUACACCGGCAACUGUUUAGCCAAUGGGGUAUCGCUAUCGGGGAUAAAGACUUUGCGCAAUACCUACGCCAGGAUCGUCAGGAGGCGUCCGGACUGUUUGACUCAAUGCUGGCCACCAGUGGUGCCGACGCAGAGGGUAUGUCCGGUGCGGUGCAAGAGAUGCGCGCAUGUGUGGCCAAAAUACGUGUCUCUGAUCAGCCCCUGAAUGUGUUGAUCCGUAAGUAUCGGUUCAAUCGGUGA